GUGCGUCAAGUUUUACUUUGAGUAAAUUGCAGUGUUUCGUGGAAGUUUGAAAAAAAGUGAGUUGUGCAUCCCAGCGUUAUUUCAACUGGCUAAAAUAUAACUGUUUCUUUGCCAUCAAAAUUUGAUAGUUGGUAUUUGACUUGGAUGAAUUGAUGCCAAGUUGGCUGUAAAUAUUUUGCCUACUCUUAUAAUUGCGGCUGGGAGAGCAUAGUGUAGACGAGAAGCUGAAGGGAUGUUAUUUUAGCUAUGUUGGUUGUGACUUACAAUGUGUUGCUUUUUAAGUUUUAGUGGAGAUUUACCUUCAGUUAGCCUUCAAUCAUGGCAGACGAUUACUCGACGCAAUUGAAGAAGGCGUUCAGAGAGUUACAAAUCAAGGUGGUUGACACAAAUCGUCGUUUACAACUUGGUGAUUCAUUAAAGAGGCAACAGGAGCAGAAACGACGGAUAGCGGAGCUAACCAAAACACAACUUUUGGAGUUGGACAAAAACACCCCUGUAUAUAUGACUAUUGGCCGAAUAUUUGCCAAAGGAACAGUGGAGUCGGAGAUCGCACGGCAUGAAAAAGAAAUUGUGAAAGCAGAAGAAAAAAUAGCUGCAAUCGAUCAUCAAAGGAAAUAUCUGGAGAAGAAUUUAGCCGAAUCAGAGAAGAACAUUAGAGAAUUAGUGCAAUCGCGACCAUGAUUAAUUUUACUUUGUGUAAUUUUGUCGCUAAUAAAUUCCGCAUUUAGUACUCUGCUUCAUUAA